CUGAAUUUACACGCAGCCAAGCUCUAAACAUGUCCGAGUCUACCGAAAACCCACCCCCUGUUGUUCGCUUGGCGGGAGCAUCUCAUGGAAAGGGAGCCUCUAACCUAAGCUUACCUAUCUGCCUUCCGCCGCUCGUCAUCACACAGUGAUUUCCUCCACUUGACUCGAGUUUUUGGAGCUUCCUCUUUGAUUAUAUUUUUCUUCCUUCACAUCCGCUCCUUCUGACAUCUUCAACGAGUCUCUUUUGUAAACCUUCCGCGAAGCGCGACAACUCUAUAAAAUCACACUUGGCCACUUCGAUAGCUUCAACAGCGCCAAGUAAUCCCUGCCCCUUUCGCAGAUUCUGUCCGUUAUCUCGGUCCAAACUCCGCCGCUGCAUGAUAAGCCACACUACCUUGAUAAUCACGACAACUUGAAGCUUCAUCUUCCACAUACAAUAAUACAAACCCCAUUGAUACCAUGAGCCCACGAACUCGACGACAGGCCGCAAAGGCCCAAAGCACUUCCUCUGAUUCCGAGCCUGAAGUUAGAUCCAACGGUAACGGGUCUGCCAACGGCGUCGCGGAUGCUUCGGACGAUGCCCCUCGCGAGAACAUCUUCCUUUUCAUCCCCAACAUUAUUGGCUACGCGCGCAUCGUCCUUGCUAUCGCGUCACUCUACUACAUGCCCCUCCAUCCUCGCACUUGCUCGUUCCUCUACAGCGUCUCAUGUCUUCUCGAUGCCCUCGAUGGCUAUGCCGCGCGUAUCUACGAACAGUCUACUCGCUUCGGCGCUGUUCUUGAUAUGGUCACCGAUCGCUGUACUACAGCCUGUCUUAUCGUCUUCCUCUCCUCCGCCUUCCCUCGAUGGGCCAUUGUUUUCCAGGGCUUGAUUGCUCUUGACCUUGCCAGCCACUACAUGCACAUGUAUGCUACGCUUGUUAUCUCAGGCACCAACGCCAGCCACAAGAGCAUUGACGAGAGCAAGAACUGGCUACUGCGCCUCUACUACACCAACAAGAAUGUCCUCUUCGCCCUUUGCGCUCUCAACGAGCUCUUCUUCAUCGCUCUCUACCUCCUCUGCUUCUCGUCUCCUCUCGUCUCGCCCUACCUCAUCAAGCCUAUCCAGACUGUCGGUGCCGAGCUUCAGGCCGGUGCUCAAGUCAACACUUCGAUCCUCGCCCAGAUCUUCCCCGAUCCCUUCAGCCCUGCGGCUCUCGAACUUGCCCGUGCGAACAAGAUGGAUUCUACAGUGCCUUGGAUAAUUGCCGGCGUUAGCUUCCCUUUUAUGUUCCUCAAGCAGUUCAUCAACUGCGUUCAGCUUUACAAUGCCAGCUUGGGCCUCGCUGAGAUCGAUCUCAAGAGUCGCCGGGAGCUGGGUCUCCCCCGCCCCAAGCCCAAGGAAGCUUAAAUUUGACAAGCUCUUUUCUAUUGGUCUCCUUGAAAUUCGAAUAACUCGAAUAGAUAGGACGAUCAUUUUCUUAACCAUAAGAAAUCUAGCAGAUUCUACCAACUACCAUUUUUUUGUGACUGAGGAGACGGCCUGUUUCAAGUUGUGUCUUCAGUCUGUUUCAACAUGCUCUGUCUUGUCAGGGAGCAAUCAAGUAGGGAUUAUUGGAGGGGAAUAC